UGCAGUCACAGGUCAUAAAGCAUGAAUAUACUAAUAAUGAUGUGUAAUAAUGUGCCUGAAUUGGCCUGAAUGUGCUGCACGUGUUUACGAUACCGUUGAACACAGUUUUCUAUCGCGUCUAACCUGAAAUUUCAAAAUGGUUAAACUAUUAAAUAGUUUUUAGAAGUAUUAUCAAUUAAAGACUUCUCAUUUAAAUAAACCUUAGAAAUUUAAACAUAUAACAGAAAUGAAGAAUGUAAUAUUUAAAUUUGGUGUAUUUACACGGAUGUGUACGUCUACGAUAAAUACAUUGCACACAAAACUGCUUAAAAGAAAUUAUAUGGAAAGUGUUGUUCAUGAAAAACCGAAAACAAAUAUUCAUCCUUACAAACAGAUUCAUCCUUGGAAAUCGUUACAAGAAUUCGCGGAUUAUGUUGCAACCAACGUAAUUUACAAUGAAAAUGGUUUGGUAGCACUGAAUAAACCGUAUGGCAUAAGCCAUCGUAAGACAGAAGUAAAAAAUGUACGUCAUUUUAUACCAAAUGCUGUAGAUUAUACAUUAGAAGAUGCCUUGCCAUAUAUUGCAAAUCGGUUGAAUUAUUCAAAAUUAACUCUAAUUAGAAAGCCUGAAAAAUACAUGACUGGCGUCAUGCUUCUAACUGACAGUACACAUGUUCAAAAUAAUGUAGAACUUGCAUUACGUCGUGGUAAUAAUUUUACAAAAACUUAUUGGGUAACUACAAUUAGGGUUCCCAAUGUAUUAAGAGGCAAAGAGCGUUUAGCAAUGAAAUUACAAUCAAAUCCUAAUUACAAACUCAAAAAGCCAAUUAUUGUUACAUCAUGGAGUAAAAAUGACGAAAAAAGGAAUGCAGUGAAAAUUCUUAAUAUCGAAUUCAACGUCUUGUCCAACUCUACGCUUAAUUUGUGUUCCUUGAUUGAAAUAAAAUCGUCGACGAUACAAUGGCAUGCAAUUAGACUAUUUGCAUCUACAUAUUUAUAUAGUCCAAUUCUAGGAGAUAAUCUUUACGCGUCACGAAUUCAAAAACUUGGCAAUGCUUAUAUAAAUAUUGAUCCUCACCUUGAAUAUACAGAGUUGCCACCAAAGUUAAAUAGAUCGAUUUUACAAGUAUUAAAUGUAAAGCCUUCAGAUCAGCUUAUAAUUCCUUGUCAUAUUCAUUUAAGAUCAAUGGUACUACCAUCCUUCCUUGAUGGAAAGCAAGAUUUAAUGCUCAAAGCUCCUUUAAUACCACCAUUUAAUUGGACUUGUAAACAACUCGAAUUCAAAUAUUUAAUACAAGAUACAUAAGAUUAAACUGUAUUAUUACACACAAAAAAUAUAUGUAAAAUAAAUUAGAUACUAAUA